AUGAUCACGAACGGGCUGCUUUGGGACAUGGGGACGAGUAAGGUGCCGGAGAUUAUCGGCCAGGAGGUCAAGGACUACCAGAAGGCAGUCGUGGAGUCGCACAUCCUAGAGAGAGUGAAUGAGGAUGCUGCCCCAUCGCCAGCGACGCCUAGUUCGAUCUCCAUCGCCAGUGGAAGCGUUGCGUCGGGCUCUUCAGCACAGACCCCGCAGAGCACCGAGAAGCAGAAAGGCAAGGGCCGCGGUCGUGGCAAGGGCAAGGGGUCGCCAGCUGCAAAGGUCCAUGAGGUGCAAGAGGUGGGGAAGACCUAUGCCGAGAGCGUUGACUACCUCAUGAGCUACCUUAGGAAGAUCAGCGCGGACGACCCCCACAUUGAGACCUACAAGAGGUUGUUCACGUUCGCUGCCCCGAGGGGGCAAGUCAUCUUGGACGGCAAGGCCGUCGGGAAGGAGCAGGUCGUGAAGAAGUUCAGCAUGCUCAGGAAUAUCAUCAAGAGGCAGGUGUACAACGCUGCGAAGCUUGCUGGCCCUCGGAUUUCCGACGUUGACUUCCCGCAUGGUUUGGGUCCAAUCAAUGGUGGCGGUGCUUCGCAAUGCAGGUCGAUCGUUAAUAUUUCUGAGGAGGUCGCCGAGAACAUGAUGGUAGAGCAGCUGCCUUUCGUCAAGAAGAUCCUGGACUACUUCGAGAUGAACCCGAUAUCUGCCAGCAUCGACUGCCACAUGGCGCCAGCGAGGAUCUCCAACGAGGUGAUGAUGGAUAUGUGGACUUACAUCGACGCAGACACGACACCUACGAAGCUGCUGAUGGAAGGCUUCGUGCCAACGACGUGUGCUAAGGUCUUGCAGGUUCUCCCGUGCGAGUUCGACGAGGCGAUCGACCAGUGCGAGGCUCUGCUCCAGAAGAAUGAAAGUUUCAAGCAGCGGGUUUCCGAGAGCGGUUCACAACUGGAGGCCUUCAAGGAGGUGCUCAACAUGAAGAUCAAUUCGACCGUCGUGAAGCACGUUCGAGUGCAGCUCCUUGCCAAGGUCGUUCAGCACUUAGGGACGAUGAACUUCAAGCGUGAAGUUGGGGAUGAGGUCAAGAUGGAUCCAUGGGUAUCGAGCUUCGUCAUUUCCUUGAUGAAGGUUGCGUGCGAGUCCCACGCCGUCAACUCCAAACUCGGUGAGAUGGCGGAUUAUGUGACCAAGAUGACCCCCGUCAUAGAGAUCUACACGAAGGCUGCCAUGCCAUGGGAUGAGUUCGUGAAGGUGUGGACCGAUAAGAUUAACAAUAUGUCCCAAGUGAUUGCGGAGGUCGACGUCGACGGCUUCAGGAGGAGCCACGACGCCACCAUGGAUGAGUUGAAGAAAAUGGACAUGGCACAGCUUUCCCGAGCUAUGUGGGCGCAAUUCGAGAGCACGUUCAAGUACGGCAUGACGAAGGCUAACGCCAUCUCAGCCUACCAGAAGCAGUGCAACGUGACGGGGUUGCAGAACGCGAAGUUCCAGAAGGAGCUCAUGGUGCUCGAGUGGCUCAGCGGGGGCACCGUCGGCGCGGAGCGCGUGGUCAUCGAGGGGUUGCGCAACGAGUACGCCCCCCAGGUGCAGCAGGCCGUCGCCCCGAUGAAACCUGGUGGACCAGAGCCGUUGGAUGAUGAUGAUGAUGAUAGGGAGCUAACUCUUAAGAAGGUUGCCAGCAAGGCGAAAGCAGACGAGGAGGCGGAGUUCAAUCUCACCGGCGUUGAGGAGAAGCUCUUGGUUGGUAAGGUGCAGACGCACCUGAACGAGCUCAACAUGAUGUACGUGCAGAACGGCUUCGGGGGGUCCGACAAGCUCGGCAUCGACAUGAUCCAGUGCGGCAAGGAAGCGCGCCCCGUGCUGAGCCAGACGUCCGAGGGCAACGUCGCGAUCCCAUACUGGGGCCGCGUCCAGACCCAGGCAUGCGGGCAGACGAUGCACCCCAAGAGCGCGAUUCCCAUGGAGGUCGUGGUGGAUGGCACGCCUGAAGUCAAGACCCUCCUCUUCCUCGACGGCUUCCUGUGCAAGAACGAGAAGUCGACG